AUGAGAAAUGAGGAUAAGAAAAUGGGAAAUGAGGAUAAGAAAAUGAGAAAUGAGGAAAAGAAAAUGGGAAAUGAGGAUAAGAAAAUGGGAAAUGAGGAUAAGAAAAUGGGAAAUGAGGAUAAGAAAAGGGGAAAUGAGGAUAAGAAAAUGAGAAAUGAGGAUAAGAAAAUGGGAAAUGAGGCUAAGAAAAUGAGAAAUGAGGAUAAGAAACUGGGAAAUGAGGAUAAGAAAAUGAGAAAUGAGGAUAAGAAAAUGGGAAAUGAGGAUAAGAAAAUGAGAAAUGAGGAUAAGAAAAUGGGAAAUGAGGAUAAGAAAAUGAGAAAUGAGGAUAAGAAAAUGAGAAAUGAGGAUAAGAAAAUGGGAAAUGAGGAUAAGAAAAUGGGAAAUGAGGAUAAGAAAAUGGGAAAUGAGGAUAAGAAAAGGGGAAAUGAGGAUAAGAAAAUGAGAAAUGAGGAUAAGAAAUGGGAAAUGAGGCUAAGAAAAUGA